CAGGCCUCGCUCCUGCAGUGUGUGCGCCCGCACUCCAGCUAGCUGAGGCUUCUGCACCCGGCUGGAGGCUGCGGUCACCCAGGGAGGGUCUGCGCGCGGGAGACCAAGGUCGGGACGAGCUGCCAUGGCCCGUAUGCUGAGCAAGGACGCGCCGGACAUCGAGAGCAUCCUGGCUUUAAAUCCCAGAAUCCGAGCUCAUGCAACUCUGCAUUCUACUGCGGCCAAGAAACUAGACAAGAAACAUUGGAAAAGAAAUUCUGAUAAGAACUGCUUUAAUUGUGAGAAGCUAGAGAAUAAUUUUGAUGACAUCAAGCACACGACUCUUGGUGAACGAGGAGCUCUCCGAGAAGCAAUGAGGUGCUUGAAAUGUGCAGAUGCCCCCUGCCAGAAGAGCUGUCCGACAAAUCUAGAUGUUAAGUCAUUCAUUACAAGUAUCGCCAACAAGAACUACUAUGGAGCUGCUAAACUGAUUUUUUCUGACAAUCCACUUGGUCUUACUUGUGGAAUGGUUUGUCCAACCUCUGAUCUUUGUGUUGGCGGAUGCAAUCUAUGUGCCACUGAAGAUGGGCCAAUCAAUAUUGGUGGACUACAGCAGUUUGCUACUGAGGUGUUCAAAGCAAUGAAUAUCCCACAGAUUAGAAGCCCUUUUCUGCCUCCCCCAGAAAACAUGCCAGACGCCUAUUCUGCGAAAAUUGCUCUUUUGGGGGCUGGGCCUGCCAGUAUAAGUUGUGCUUCUUUCUUGGCUCGAUUAGGCUACUCCAACAUCACCAUAUUUGAAAAACAAGAAUAUGCUGGUGGUUUAAGUAUUUCUGAGAUACCUCAGUUCCGGCUGCCAUACGAUGUAGUGAAUUUUGAGACUGAGCUUAUGAAGGACCUUGGCGUAAAGAUAAUUUGCGGCAAAAGCCUGUCCACGAAUGAAAUCACUCUUAGCACUUUGAAGGAAAAUGGCUUCAAAGCUGCCUUCAUUGGAAUAGGUUUGCCAGAACCCAAUAAAGACCGUAUUUUCCAGGACCUUACACAAGAGCAGGGGUUUUAUACAUCCAAAGACUUCUUGCCACUUGUCGCCAAAGGCAGUAAAGCAGGGAUGUGCGCCUGUCACCCUCCGUUGCCAUCCAUUCGGGGAGCCGUGAUUGUACUUGGAGCUGGAGAUACUGCCUUUGACUGCGCAACAUCCGCUCUGCGUUGUGGAGCCCGCCGCGUGUUCAUCGUCUUCAGAAAGGGCUUUGUUAACAUUCGAGCUGUCCCUGAGGAGAUGGAACUUGCUAAAGAAGAAAAAUGUGAAUUUUUGCCAUUCCUAUCCCCAAAGAAGGUUAUAGUCAAAGGUGGGAAAAUUGUGGCCAUGCAGUUUGUUCGGACAGAGCAAGAUGAGGCUGGAAACUGGAUUGAAGAUGAAAAUCAAAUAGUGCGCCUGAAAGCCGAUGUGGUCAUCAGUGCCUUCGGCUCCAUCCUGAGUGAUCCAAAAGUGAAAGAAGCCUUGAGUCCCAUACAGUUUAACAGAUGGGGUCUCCCAGAAGUAGAUCCUGAAACUAUGCAAACCAGUGAACCAUGGGUGUUUGCAGGUGGUGAUGUUGUGGGUAUGGCGAACACUACGGUGGAGUCCGUGAACGAUGGAAAGCAGGCUUCUUGGCACAUUCACAAAUACAUACAGGCACAGUAUGGAGCCUCAGUGCCUGCCCAGCCUGAACUGCCCCUCUUUUAUACACCUGUCGACCUGGUAGACAUCAGUGUGGAAAUGGCUGGCCUGAGGUUUCUCAAUCCUUUUGGUCUUGCCAGUGCAACGCCAGCUACCAGCACAUCAAUGAUUCGAAGAGCUUUUGAGGCUGGAUGGGGUUUUGCUCUAACCAAAACUUUCUCUCUUGAUAAGGACAUCGUGACAAAUGUCUCUCCAAGAAUCAUCCGGGGGACCACCUCUGGCCCCAUGUAUGGCCCUGGACAAAGCUCCUUCCUGAACAUCGAACUCAUUAGUGAGAAAACAGCUGCAUAUUGGUGUCGCAGUGUCACAGAACUAAAGGCUGACUUUCCGGACAAUAUUGUGAUCGCCAGCAUCAUGUGCAGUUACAACAAAAACGACUGGAUGGAACUCUCCAAAAUGGCUGAGGCUUCCGGAGUAGAUGCCCUGGAAUUAAAUUUAUCGUGUCCACAUGGCAUGGGAGAGAGAGGAAUGGGCCUGGCUUGUGGGCAGGAUCCAGAGCUGGUGCGGAACAUCUGUCGCUGGGUGAGGCAAGCUGUUCAGGUUCCAUUUUUUGCCAAGUUGACCCCAAACGUCACCGAUAUCGUAAGCAUCGCAAAAGCAGCAAAGGAAGGUGGUGCAGAUGGUGUUACAGCCAUGAACACUGUCUCGGGCCUGAUGGGAUUAAAAGCGGAUGGCACUCCCUGGCCUGCCGUGGGCAUUGGAAAGCGGACCACAUAUGGAGGGGUGUCAGGAACCGCCAUCAGACCUAUUGCUUUGCGAGCAGUCUCCGCCAUUGCACGUGCUUUGCCUGGGUUUCCCAUCUUGGCCACAGGUGGAAUUGACUCAGCUGAAAGUGGACUCCAGUUUCUCCACAGUGGUGCUUCAGUCCUCCAGGUGUGCAGCGCUAUUCAGAAUCAGGACUUCACUGUGAUCGAAGACUACUGCACUGGUCUCAAAGCCCUACUUUAUUUGAAGAGCAUCGAGGAGUUAGAGGACUGGGAUGGGCAGAGUCCAGCCACUGUGAGUCACCAGAAAGGGAAGCCAGUUCCACAGAUUGCUGAGCUCACCGGAAAGAAACUGCCAAGCUUUGGACCUUACCUUGAACAGCGCAAGGAAAUCAUAGCAAAGAUCAAGAUCAGACAGAAAGAGCAAACUGGAGUUUAUCUGCCACCACAGAGAAAAAAAUUUAUCCCUAAAAAGCCGAUUCCUGCCAUCAAGGAUGUAAUUGGAAAAGCGCUACAGUACUUGGGAGCAUAUGGUGAGCUGAACAACAUGGAGCAAGUUGUGGCUCUGAUUGAUGAAGAAAUGUGCAUCAACUGUGGUAAAUGCUACAUGACCUGUAAUGACUCUGGCUACCAGGCUAUACAGUUUGAUCCAGAAACCCACCUGCCCGCCGUUACUGACAUGUGUACAGGCUGUACACUCUGCCUCAGCGUCUGCCCUAUUAUCGACUGCAUCAGGAUGGUUUCCAGGACAACACCUUAUGAACCAAAGAGAGGCUUACCCUUAACUGUGAAGCCGGUGUGUUAAGGUGAUUUGUAAGACAGUUGCUGUGAACGUUGAUGUUCCCAACACAGGAUGAUCUUUCUCAAAAAUGUAAUCAUUGUGUUCAGUCCAUUCCAAAUUAAAAUAUAUGUAAUUUUCAAAGAAAUUUCUAAGUUGAGAAAAACAAUGUCUAAUGCCAGUGGCCAAUUAAUGGUCAUAAAAUGAAAUAAUUCUUCUCUGAGGGUAACCGUUAAGUAGCCACCUACCAAUUAAUUGGAUGUGCUCUGUCAGUUGUCUAUUGUGAAAAAUUAACUUUUUCAUGGCGAUUAGUGUGACAGUUUUCAAAUUGCCCUAUACCAUGCUCCAUCUUUGAUUUUUAAUUGUAAAUGAAGUGAACUAUUUUGGAACAAAAUACACUCACAUAUAAUAAAAUGUUCCCAAGGAAACACUUCAUAAUUAAAAAUUACCUGCAAUUUUAAUACUGUUACUAGGACAUAUAAUUAGCUCCAUUAAGAACAAACGAAGAAAGUCAAAUUAUUACUUACUAUGACAUGGGGAAAAAAAACUAAAAGAGGGUUUCUAGAUUUUAUUAAGGCCUCCUUUGUUGAAAUAGCUCCCUUUUUAGUGCUGGACACAGAAAGUGGGAGUAUUUCCUAAAAUACUGUUCACCACUCAGGCCUAAGACUGCUGUCCAGACUGCACAUGGAUAGACCACAUGCCAUCAUUAUUUAAAUACUCUUGGAAUAGGAUAUUAGGAUGGAGCUCUGGUCAACACUAGACUUUUGCUGUGCAUAGAACUGCUCUGUCUACUGUUCAUAGUCACCACUAUUAUGGAAACAAUGUUCAAACAAAUUCCAGAUUAUACAGUGCUGAGCCAUGGGCUUUAUAAUUCAGCAAUGAAAAAACAUCAUAUUCAUAAUAUACGUAUAAUGUGCAUAACCAGUUUAACUAUUCUCUACUUCAGUGCUUAUGUAAUUUCAAAAGUAAUGGACUAGAAAGAAAUAUAUAUUUUCUGAUAUUGACAAAUAAUAUUUUUCUAUUUCUCUAUUUUUAUAAUUAGUAAAUAGCAUCAUAUAAAAUCAUUUAGCUCUUUAUAGCACAUUAAUAUAAAUCUGCAGGUAGUAAAUCAGAAAAUGACUGUUUAUGGCAUAUUUCAGUGACAGAUACAAGAUCUAGAAGUACAUUUUGACUAUAAGGUCUGUGUAAUUGAAUAAUAUUAAAUAAAAUUUUAUGAACUGCUUUCAA